AUGGACCAGUCUGCGACGACAGCUGCAUAUGUCUCAGGGAUGAAAGAGGACCUCAAACUCUACGGCAAUGAAUUGGUGGAAUUCACCACAUAUUUCUCCAUCGGAUAUGCCCUUUUCAUCGUGCCAUCUCAGCUCAUCCAGACUCGCGUUCGACCAUCUCUGUUCCUCCCUCUAUGUGAGAUCAUCUGGGGUUUAUUCACACUCUUUACCUACAGAGCUCCAAAUGCAAAGACUGUUUUUGCGCUGCGAUUCUUCCUCGGAGUUUUCGAGUCUACGUCGUGGCCUGGCAUCGUGAACCUGAUCUUCAAUUGGUAUCGUCCCGAGGAGUUGGGAAAGCGAUUGGCGAUCUUUGGCGUCAGCGGCGUCGCGGGAAACAUGUUUCUCGGCAUUGUUCAAGCCGCCCUCUACAGGAACCUCAACGGCGUGUCUGGCCUUGCUGGUUGGCAAUGGCUCUUCAUAAUCAGCGGUAUAAUGACUAUUUUCUGGGGUCUUGUCGGUCUUGUCAUCAUUCCAGAUUCGCCUGCCAUCACUCGAGCUCUCUGGCUCUCAGAAUCUGAGCGAGAGCUUUGUCGUCUUCGAAUGAGCGACAGCGGCGUCAAGACUUCCAGAAUAAUACCCUUCAAGACUUUGGUUCAAAAGAUGAAACUACUUGUCCUCAGCCCACUCUCAUACCUGUUUUUGGCAGGCUAUCUACAGUUCGCAUGGAGUCAACGCGCAAACGCCUAUUUCCUCCUCUUUCUAAAAGGUCUUCAAAACGACGACGGAACACCCCGCUACUCAGUCUACACAGUCAACCUUAUCCCGCUUGGUGGCUACGCUAUAAGCAUAGUCUGCAACAUUGGUCUCAACGCCCUCAGUGAUUGGAAGGCCUGGCGCUGGCAAGUCAGCGUUAGCGCCGCCACUUUACAGCUCAUCGCUACCUCGGUUCUCUCCGGGUGGCCUGAUUCGUGGAAGACCAUCAUGGCUUUCUAUUUUCUCACUUUUGCUACGGCUGCUUGGGGCUAUGCUCUCCUUGCGUGGUUGGCGGAGAUCCUGAGGAAAGAGCCGGAAGUGAGGUCGAUUUUAGUGGCUAUCGCUGUUACACUUGUUUAUGCUGGGCAUGCUUCGAUACCACUUCGGGCUUGGCGGGUUAGUGAUUCACCCAGGUAUCCUGUUGGUUUCCCGUUGGCUGCUGCAUUUAGUGUUGGAAGCAUUGUUGCCAUUAUGGGAAUGUGGUUCUAUGUGCGGAAAUAUCCUGAUAUUGUAACUUGGGGACUGGAUCCAGAAGCUGCCAAGGUGCGUGGUGAGGAGGUUAUUCCAAGCGAUGAUGACCAGAAGACACCCGUAGAGAGGAGCGAUCGAGUUUAG